AUGUCUGAGAGGACGGGUCGAGAUUGUACAUAUCUUUUCUGUGAGUAUGUUAUAGAGCUUUACCGUGACAUAUACCUGCGACAUCCGACUAAAAGUGAUGUCGAACAGUUGUAUGUCGCGCAUGAAGCUAAACAUGGUUUUCCAGGGAUGCUUGGUAGUAUUGAUUGUACACAUUGGGAGUGGGCAAAUUGUCCCAAUGCGUGGCGUGGUCAGUUCACACGAGGAGAUCAUGGGGUCCCGACUGUUAUACUGGAGGCGGCUGUUUCAAACGAUCUAUGGGAAGCACCAGAUAUGUCAUACGUUGUGAAUGGAAAUGAAUACAAGUAUGGAUAUUACCUAGGUGAUGGGAUAUACCCAAAGUAUGCUACAUUUGUUAAGUCUUUUUCGUUUCCAGCCGAUGAGAAACGAAAAUUGUUCAAGUUAGCACAGGAAUCUGCACGGAAGGACGUUGAAAGAGCAUUUGGCGUCCUAAAACAAAGAUGGCACAUAAUCAAGCAACCAGCACGAACAUGGGAUAGGGCAAAACUAACGACAGUGUUGACUGUCUGUGUGAUUUUACAUAACAUGAUAAUAGAAGAAGAGGGCAGAGCUAUUUGUUCAUAUAUCGACAACGAUGCACUUAACCCACCUGCAACAACACCAAGGGGAAAUGACGAUGAAGACAAAGAGGAUGAGGGCGAUGAUUACGACGAGAAUGCAGACGGUGACGACGAGGCGGAUGAGGAUGAGGAUGAUGAUGAUGACAACGAGUAG